AUGAAUGGCGGAUUUUAUAUGCAUUUUGGUGUUGAAGAAGGAAUUCUCAACUCCAUGGAAAAACAUUUUUUCGAAUGCCCUGAGAAAAUUCACUUACAACUAAAUUGUGAUGGAAUGGCAAUAUCUAAAAGUUCAAAUAGCAGUUUUUGGCCUAUAUUAUUGAUGUCAGAUAUAAAUGAAAAAGUGGAACCUUUCAUUGUAGGCAUUCAUCAUGGUAAUAGCAAGCCAGCCGAUGCCAAUAUUUACUUAAGUCAAUUCCCCAGCUCGAGCAUUCAUAACCUAGUGAAAGGGCAUGCUGGGUAUUUUAGUUGUCCAAAAUGCAUUCAAGAAGGCGAUUUUGAAAAACACGUAAUUUUAACAGAAAUUGAUGCUAUAUUGAGAACAGAUGAAUCAUUUAGAUCAAAACAACAACCAGAGCACCAUACUGGUCUAUCUAUUUUAGAGGAUUUGGGGAUCGGUAUGGUUUCCCAAGUUGCAUUGGACUAUUAUGCACAUGAUGAAUUAAAUCACCUCGUAAACUCAAUGGAAUACGUAUUGAAAAGACAAACAGAGUCUCUUACUAACAUGAUGGAGAAACAGACAGAGGCGCUGCAAUGCAUAGCCGAUCAAUGA